CUGGACAAGAGCGAGGUAGCCACCCUCGGCCUACCCUCCACCACCAGCCAUGGGGGCUCUGACAGCAACAUCAGUGUGGAUGGAGCGGGGGCAGCUUCGUCGGGGGUGGUGGCCGGGGGAGCGGAGGGCACGGGGGCUGGGGAGCCGCAGCGGACGCGCGCCGCUCUGGAGCACCUGCAGCAGAAGAUCCUGAAGGUGACGGAGCAGAUCCGCGUGGAGCAGGAGGCCCGCGACGACAACGUGGCCGAGUACCUGAAGUUGGCCCACAACGCCGACAAGCAGCAGGCGUCCCGAAUCAAGCAGGUGUUCGAGAAGAAGAACCAGAAGUCUGCGCAGACCAUCGCACACUUGCACAAAAAGCUAGAGCACUAUCACAAGAAGCUAAAGGAGAUCGAGCAGAAUGGACCGGCCCGGCAGCCCAAGGAUGUCCUGCGGGACAUGCAGCAAGGCCUGAAGGAUGUGGGAGCCAACGUUCGUGCGGGGAUAAGCGGUUUCGGGGGUGGCGUCGUCGAAGGGGUCAAGGGCGGGGUGUCGGCGCUCACCCACACGGCCGUGGUCUCCAAGCCCCGAGAGUUCGCCAGCCUCAUCAGGAACAAGUUCGGCAGCGCGGAUAACAUUGCCCACCUGAAGGACACGCUCGAGGACGGAGUCGGGGGCCACUCCGAGGACGCCCCCACGCCCCGCGCCCUGAGCGGAAGCGCCACUUUGGUCUCCAGUCCAAAGUACGGCAGCGACGACGAGUGCUCCAGCGCGACGUCGGGAUCCGGAGCGGGCAGCAACUCUGGUGGCGCCGGGGGAGGAGUGGGGCUACUAGGACCGACCAUGGGGAGUCCCCGGCUGGACGGGCAUCACCACCACCACCAUCACAUGCACAGCUCGUGGGACUCGCUACUCGAGGGGUUGCAGGAGAUCAAAGCAAGCCAAACACACAUGGAGGAUGCCAUCGAGGACAUGAAGGGCCAGCUGCAGAGCGACUACUCCUACAUGACGCAGUGCCUGCAGGAGGAGAGAUACAGGUAUGAGCGACUUGAAGAGCAGCUGAAUGACUUAACAGAGCUGCACCAGAAUGAAAUGACCAACCUGAAACAGGAGCUUGCCAGCAUGGAGGAAAAGGUGGCUUACCAGUCCUACGAGAGAGCAAGAGACAUCCAGGAAGCUGUGGAGUCGUGCUUGACCCGCAUCACUAAACUGGAGCUUCAGCAGCAGCAGCAGCAGGUGGUGCAGCUGGAGGGGGUGGAGAACGCCAAUGCUCGAGCUCUGCUGGGAAAACUCAUCAACGUCAUCCUGGCGCUAAUGGCUGUGCUGCUGGUCUUUGUUUCCACUUUAGCCAACUUCAUCACGCCGCUGAUGAAGACUCGGAGCCGCGUGGCUGCCACAGUGCUGCUGGCCCUGCUGCUCUUCGUCCUGUGGAAGCAGUGGGACUUUGUGGAGCUGUGGCUGCUGCCCGGCUAAAUGAAAAAUCAGGAAAAAGACUUAAAGGAGGGACCAGGGCAGAGAGACGCGAGCGUGUCUCUGGACAGUCACCACCAAUGGAAGAGGCCCACGGUCUGAAAACAGAAAGAAUUAAGGCACUUUUGGUUCAGGAGGAGACGGGUCCACAGGGGUUUACAGAGCAAAGGAACAGAACUUCUCAGCUUGCCAAGCAACAAAGGACAUAUCCCCAUCCCACCCAAAUCUGCUGGUGUGGAUGUCCAGUUAAUUUAUUGCAUCGCUAUCACCAAAAACUUUCUCUCUUGCAAGAAUUCUCUGGAUGGUCUUUUUUCUAAAUAUUUAUGAUACAUGUAUAACGAACACUUAAAGCAACUUCUGAGGACUGUCAAACGCUGGUCACGUUCGCUGUAAUCUUCAUGUUGAAGCUAUAGCAAAUGAGAGGAAGAACCUUGUUUUCAUGAAUGUCAUGUGCUCAUGCAUGUCCCCACAUGUGCACUAAGAUGCAUGGGUUUACAUUUCAUUAACGACCAAACCGAGUCUUCUAUAACUGCCAUUCAUUUUGUGGUCAGGGCCGCGGAUACGUUACGAUUCCACUUAGUGUCGUUCCUCGUCGGUUUCACACCCUGCUCUGCUGAGGGAGCAGCGCUUCGGAGCUUUUCUUGUUUUGCUCAAUGAACAGUUCAAAACAGUGUUUGCUAAAUGUCAUAACAACGUAAAAAAAAUUCCAUCAAUAAACUACUGACGGAAUUUUGUAUUAUUAUUGUAGAACAACUACUAACCACAGUCAAACUGACGGGCAUGUCAAGGUUUAUAUCCAGUUUGCAAAAAGAAAACAGAAAAAAACAAUGUUAUUGCUGUUUUAUUAAACAAUGUAAGAAAUAAAUUAUUUCAUAUAUUAGGCUGACUUGGGUUUUAUCCUCAUCAUCUUUCUUGCUUUUUAGCUCUCGUAAUGAGUGACAAGAUAAAUAUUGUAUUUGUCAGAAUGAAGUCACUAACAACUAGCAGGCAGCUAACUUUGAGUUACUCUCUUUAGAAGAUCUGAACCCAGCUAGUUUAAGAGACCACAAAGUAUUAACUGCAAUUACGUGGCUAUCCAAUUAAUAAUUGUGAUGAUUGCUUGUAUUGUAUAGACUUUCAUAAGAUCUUAAUGUUUUAUAGUGAAAAAUCUGAUCAAAGUUACUCAGUCCUACAGAGUAAACAAGUAACAGUGACUUAAUGCUAACUGAUGUGUGACGCUGCUGCUGUCACGUUGGUCCUGAGCUGUUAGUUUUGACUGGAGUGACAGAGUGCUGGGUCUGCAGGUGGCUUUUCAGGGUCCCUCUUCUCACAGGACUUCAGUUCUGCCUCUUAUGUCAUUUCCGUUAAGCUGAAUGAGCUUUAAACUAACAUUUAACAUUUUAAGUUUAAGGAAGUUAUCAGCAUUAAUAAACAAAAAAUGACAUCA